UUGUGCACAAAUUAACAAGGUUGGAGGGGGCUGGAAGUUUACAGUAUCGGCUCCAAUGGAUCCAAAUGUGAGCAGCAGCACUGCACACUGCGCUCUCUGACUACGUCACACGCCCCCCGCGCGCUGCACGCUCUCUUAAAUCCUCAUGUUCACACCACCGUCAAGCCGGAGCUGAUUCCCUGUCUAGCCGACACUGAGAGCCCGCUGCCGGUGGCCGGCGGAGUCCACAGAGCGGUGCCAGGAUGAAGUUUUGGGGACCAUGUUCGGUUGGAUUUUAUAUUUGUGCGACCAUGCUUUUCAAAGGAUCCCUGCAGGGAGAACACCAGAGGCGGCUGUACAAGGAGCUGCUGGCUAACUACAACCGACUGGAGAGACCUGUGGUCAAUGACUCAGCCCCCAUCCUGGUGGAGCUGGGCCUCACACUGCUGCAGAUCAUAGACGUGGAUGAGAAGAACCAAGUGCUGAUGACCAACGCCUGGCUGCAGCUGUACUGGACAGAUAUCUAUCUGAGCUGGAAUCCAGAGAACUACCCCGGUGUCCAGAACCUGCGAUUUCCUUCAGACCAGAUCUGGACCCCUGACAUCCUCCUUUACAACAGUGCGGAUGAGCGGUUUGACGCCACCUUCCACACCAACGUGCUGGUGAACGCGUCAGGUUACUGCCAGUACAUCCCCCCCGGCAUCUUGAAGAGCACCUGCUACAUCGACGUGCGUUGGUUCCCCUUCGACGUGCAAAAGUGCGACUUGAAGUUUGGCUCCUGGACACACAACGGUUGGCUGCUGGACCUCCAGAUGCUGGAUGUGGACACAUCCACAUACAUAUCCAACGGGGAGUGGGAUCUCGUGGGUGUGCCAGCCAAGCGCAAUGAGCUGUACUAUGACUGCUGUAAGGAGCCCUACCCUGAUGUGACAUUCACUGUCACCAUGCGCCGCAGGACGCUGUAUUAUGGCCUCAAUUUGCUCAUCCCAUGUGUGCUGAUCUCUGGCUUGGCCCUGCUGGUCUUCCUGCUGCCUGCUGACUCUGGAGAAAAGAUUUCUCUGGGCAUCACUGUGCUCCUCUCGCUAACUGUCUUCAUGCUUCUGGUAGCAGAGAUCAUGCCUGCCACGUCCGACUCUGUUCCUCUCAUCGCCCAGUACUUUGCCAGCACCAUGAUGAUAGUGGGGAUGUCUGUGGUGGUGACAGUUAUAGUGCUGCAGUUUCACCAUCAUGAUCCUCAGGGAGGCAAGAUGCCCAAGUGGGUUCGUGUUGUUCUGCUGAACUGGUGCGCCUGGUUUCUCCGUAUGAAACAACCAGGCGAUGAGCGGAAGCGGCCUGGUUACAAAUACCGUCAGGCCACCCAGCACCACUCCAGCACCAGCUCCAUAGAGAUGGGCACUGUACCAAGCCUCACCAUGCCCCUCUCACAGACAUCCUGCCCACCCUGCCCCACAGGCACCUCCAACGGUUCCAUGAGCCUCUACUUCGGCAAUUACCACCCCAUAGAGAGCCCACAUUGCCCGCCCUCUAGCGACUCCGGGGUAGCGCUAGGGGGUCGUGCCCGCGGCUCCCUCAGUGAUGAGGUUGAGCCACCUGGAGGAGUCGGAAGCAGUGUCGGAGGCCUGGGUAUGGGAGUGGGUCCCGGUUUGGGAGUCAGCAUGCCCCCACCAGAGAUCCAGCGCAUCUUGGAGGAGGUGUCGUACAUAGCCCAGCGGUUCCGGGACCAGGACAAAGCUGAGGCCAUCUGCAGCGAGUGGAAGUUUGCAGCGGCAGUGGUGGACCGGCUUUGCCUGGUGGCCUUCUCUCUCUUCUCCAUCAUUUGCACCUUCACCAUCCUCAUGUCAGCACCCAACUUCAUAGAGGCUGUUUCAAAGGACUUCACAUAGCUGGUCGCAGCUCAAAGAGAAGCAAGACAGCAAAAGAUCAAAGUUAAAGAAGAGAUUAGAGAGACGGUGGAAGGAAACAAUGAAGGGUGCAGUAUGUGGUCCCCAACCUACAGUCUGAGCACUCCAUUGGAAAGGAACUAGACUACACUGUUUUAUGAGAAAAAUUACAAUAUCUCUGGAUGGAGCCUAGCAGCUGUGCCAAGCUGCUGAAUCGUGUAGUCAAGUAAACCAAUCACGAAACAAAUAUUCAUGAUUGAUGAAUAAGUAAUUACAAAGACAAAUGAUUAUGUUACGUUAGCACAUUCCAAAUUAAAAUGAGAAACAUGCGUUUAUUGUCCCUCUCUGUCUUAAUAUCAGACACAAAUUGUUCAUAUCAAGAAGAGAAAAUUAGGUUGGGCAUGCAGACUGAACAACAAAAUCUGGGGAGACUAGAGGCAAAAGGUUGGCAAUCACUGUGGCAAUAGAGGAGGGCCCUGUAUAGAUUUAAUGAGGGUAAGAUGAUAUGGCAGCUAAUUGUCUUUACCCCCAAAUAUAGUGUAAAUAUCAUUGUUUUAUAUGCACUAUUCAUUAAAAAGCAGCUUAAUUUACUGUACAGUGACUCAUACAGUAACACAGUCCACCUCACUGCCUCUUCUCUAGUUCAGUUAAAUCAUCCUGUAUGUACAAACACACACAUACUGUACGUACUAGUAUCACCUCAGUCCGAGCGCACACACCAACUGUUCCUCCUAUAAGGAAUUCAGACUCUUUUCUGAUGAUGUACCAUCCCCGUAAUGAUGUUAGGAUAGUAAUCAAAACGAGAUGUUUCACUGUGAUUUUUAAUUGUUUUUGCUUUCACCUUGAUCAACAGAGCAGUGGACAUAACUUGAUUGCUUUGAAACAUGUGUAGAAGCAUUUUCUUUACCAUUCAGAGUAGGAAUGCUUACUUAGGCUCACUUUUCACUUUGUCUUGCCUGUUUUAUUUUAGCCAAUAUAAUCUGUAAUGUAUAAAGAACAGUUUGGGACAGUGUUAUAUUGAAAUACCCACUAUAUUGUACUAAAAAGUACUGUGUCAACUGGUAUGUACUGGUGUUAACCAGUAACACAAAUGCAGUAUUUUUCAGUCAAAUACUGUAUGUUGAACUGUACAGUACAUCUUUUAACCAA